UUUUGCUCUCUACGUGGGGGCCGUGGGGGUGAACUUCAUUAAUUUAAACUUUAUUUAGUAAGCACAUUACCAAAUUAUUGGCAAUUCAGUCAAGGAUUAUUCGCACAAAUUAAUUUACGUGUUGGUGCUAGGUUUAAUAGUGAUGUGCUGGCAAUUCCUUUAUUGAGUCCUGUUUUUCACUCCGUCCUGCAAAAUGUGGAAAAAGUGCAACCUCAGCCGAAAUCAGUACUUCCUGGUGGGGCUGUUGAUCGGUUUCCUUUACAGUUACUAUCUGCCCCAGGAUUUGACGGAAAUCGUCACCGAGUGUCCGGAAGCAACCGAGCGGGAGCAUCAGCUGGCCGAAGAGGCGCGCUAUGGCAGCGAGUUCGAACCGCAGCUCAAUUUAGAGCAAAAACCAAUGACGGCCAAAAAGCAGGUGAAAAACAUUGUCCGUCCUCGCUACUACUAUACGGAGUUGGGCAUUCGCGAAAAACUGUUCGUCGGAGUAAUGAGUACGCAGGAAAACAUCGAUUCGCUGGCGACGGCGAUUAACAAAACGUCUGCGCAUUUGGUGAACAAAAUCAAGUUUUUCAUCAACGCCGAUAAUGUGAAGGCCAACUUUAAGCUGAAGAACAUUGUAGGUUUUACGGAUACUCGGGAAAAUCUGCGACCGUUUCACGUUUUGAAAUACAUAGCUGAUAAUUAUCUGGAUGAUUAUGAUUACUUUCUGUUGGUUUCGGACACUUCCUACGUCAAUGCUCGACUUCUAAGGGAACGAUUGUCUCAUAUCAGUAUCAGUUUUAACAUUUACAUGGGAACUCCUCAUACAGCUAGCUCGAUGGAAGAAGACGAGAAGCCUUCCGAUACUCAGUACUGUGAUCUUCACGCGGGCAUUGUUCUUAGCAGCAGCGUGAUUCGUAAAAUCAGAGCCAACUUGGAUUGGUGCGUUCGCAAUGCCGUCUCCAAUCAGCACAAUCUCAACAUUGGCCGUUGCGUAAAAUAUUCUACUAAAAUUGACAGUUGUCAGACAGCGUGGCAAGGCAUUAACGUUACCAGCUACAAGCUAAACAGCUAUAAGAUAUACAGAGAUCUACACAUGAUUAAACAUGACGACGCAUUUAACAAGGCUUCUGUUAUCUAUCCAAUCACAACGGCGGACGAUUUUUACUUGCUCCACACAUAUUUUUCUCGUGUUCAUUUAGAGGAAAUCAGUCAGCAGAAAAGCACUAUCCAACAGGAAGCGUCUGCCAUUUCCAACGGCACACUUUCGAACGAUGUUCUAGAGGUUCGUUGGCCACUGGGCGUCCCAAAGCCGAACCCCCCCGAAUCACGCCACGACAUCGUCGCGUGGACUCAUCUGAACUUAACCCAUUCAUUCAUGUGGAAUUCAGAAGUCAACGUUCGCCGUUUGUCGGCUGUCGAUUCGGAGGAUAUGCAAAACAUUCUAAAUAAAACUAUUUUGGAAGCUUACCGAACCCAACCGGAACUAGAGUACCGUCAACUGCAUUCGGCUUAUCGUCGAUUUGACGCCGUCCGUGGUAUGGAUUACCGACUGCAUCUAACGUUCUACGACCGCAAACGGCGAACGUCGGUUCUGAAGAGUUUUGAAGUCGUCAAACCGAUUGGAUUAAUCGAAAUCGUCCCCUCGCCGUACGUUACGGAGAGCACCCGGAUUGCUAUACUGCUGCCGACGUUCGAACAUCAGGUGGCGGAAGCAUUGCAGUUCGUGCAAAGUUACGAGCGCAUCUGCAUGGACAAUCAGGAUAACACGUUUCUAAUGCUGAUUUUCUUCUAUCGAAUGGAUACACCGAGUAAAGGUGAAGGCGAUGUGUUUCUGCCACUCAAAAACCUCGCCUUGGGUUUAACGGAGAAACACAAACAGGACGGAUCUCGCAUCGCCUGGGUUUCGAUACGUUUGCCACCGGAACUAAGUCAACCUGCCAGUCCGAAUCACCUGCUGUCGACUUCUUUAUACGGACCGAACCAACUGCUCAGCUUUGCAGCAACAGAUCUAGCGCUGCGAAAAAUUGGUCUCGACAGUUUGGUAAUGGUGUGCUCGAGUGGAGCCACCUUCCGUGCGGACUUCUUGAACCGAGUACGCAUGAAUACUAUCGCCGGCUUUCAGGUGUUCGCUCCUAUCGGAUUCACCAUGUAUCCAUGCGCGUGGACUCGACAGUGCAAAGAGUGCGAGGGAUGUGAUGUUGGCCAAAGCAGCGGUUACUUUGAUCGAGCCAACUAUGAUGUGAUAUCGUUUUACAGUCGGGACUACGUGGAGGCUCGAAAACUGCUGGAACAGAAAUUGCCUAUCGUUCUAAGCGAUAGAGACAUUGGCAAUCUGGUCAACUACACCCAAGAAACGUCAUCUCCCGAUAGGAUCGAGAAUGUGGUGGAGUUAUUCGUUAAAGCGGACACUAAAAUCCACGUACUCAGGGGAAUUGAACCAAAUCUACGGCUUGGGCGAGCUGUGGAAAACUUCCUAAGCCACGAUCCGGAAGGAGAUGCGUUGAUGCGGCUUCACUGUGAAGAAACGAACGAAGAGCACUGUGUUCGAAUCGCUUCCAAGAAGCAAAUCGGGGACGUCCUAGUGCAGUACGCGCAUAGCAAUUCGGAAAAAGCCUCCCCAGAGAAGUAAGCUGAUUUCCAUGAGCGUUAGAUUAUAGAAAAAUUAUAUAUUCGUCAGGAAAAUAUUUUAAACUAUAUCAUGUGAAAUAAAAGUGCCUUUUUUUAAAUAUCUACUAAUUUCGAUAACUGUUAACCAAUUGAAUGGCUAAGAAAGCUAACCAUAAAAAAACAUUGAUCGAGUAAAAUUCGGUGUCGCUAUUUGUGUAUAUUUGAAAACUAAAGUUUCACAUUGAAUUAAUUGUAACAUAACAAAUAUUCAAUAAGACAUAUCUACCUUUACUUUGUUUAAAAAAUUGUUUGUUGAUCACAAUUUUCUGACUGCAAUAUUCUUCUCCUACUAUUAAGUUUUACAACUAUAAAAUGAAUAUAAUUAAACAUAUAU